CUUCUAAGGACUACCAGCUGGUGACCUUGUCCAGAGACCAGACUCUGAGGAUAUGGAGGCUGGAUCCACAGCUACAGAAGCUGUGUGCCAAUGACUUGGUCGAGGAUCUGAUGGAGGGGAUGAGCCUAACUGCAGAGUCAGAGAAGAGCCUUCCCUCUCAGGACCCUGAACCCACCAUACACAGCUCUGGCCUGCCAGCUGAGGACCUGCAGGACCAGGAUGGUGCUCUGACCUCCAGUGGUAGAGAUGACCCGUCUGCUCUGCCCCAGACCCUGCAACAGGAGUUCUCUCUGGUCAACCUGCAGAUCAGGAACGUCAACGUGGAGAUGGAUGCGGUGAACCGUAGCUGUGUGGUGUCGGCCCUGUUCGGGACCAACCAGGUCCACCUGGUGGUGAAGUUCCCUUCUCACUACCCCAACAACGCUGCUCCGUCCUUCCAGUUCAUCUCCCCUACCACCAUCCCCAUCGCCAUGAGGACCAAGAUACAGAAGAUCCUGACCGACACGUCACUGCAGAAGGUCAAGAGGAAUCAGAACUGCCUGGAACCGUGCGUCAGACAGCUGGUGUCCUGUCUAGAGUCGUACAUGACCCAGGAGGAUGGGAGUGCUGUCAACCCAUACGUCCUCUCUAACCCCGUGACCCCUGCUCUGCCAGCUUUCCCCCGGGUCACCAACACCUACGGCUCCUACCAGGACGCCAACAUCCCCUUCCCUCGUACCUCCGGGGCUCGCUUCUGUGGCACCGGCUGCCUGGUGUACUUCACCAGACCCAUCACCAUGCAUCGCUCUGUACCACCGACUGAACCCACACCCAGGUCCUUGUCGGCCCUGUCUGCGUACCACAGUGUUGUCCUGACUCCUAUGAAAAUGCGUAGUGAGUCUCAGAGCUCUCUGAGGCUGUACGGUGGAAGCCCCACCCACACUGACAAGGACCACGUCUCCAUAUCCUCAUUCUACUACAAAGAACGGAAGCCUCCUCAGUCUGGCCUUCGCCGCUGGUCCAUUCAUGACUGCCCGAAAUCUCGUCGGUUCAAGACAAAGCGUGAGGGAGCAGACUACGGUAACAGACCCAUAAAGCUGGCGGGGAAAGUCAUCAUCCAGGGGAUCUCCUGUCUGCUGCCCGUUCACAAAGCCCUGGGGGAGACAUACAUUCUGAAUGUGAAUGACAUACAGGACACGUGUCAGAAGAAUGCAGCAGCAGCUCUGGUGGUGGGGCGCAGAGACAUGGCUAAG